AUGAUUGUUGACUUGAGCCCUUCCGUGGAAGAGGGGUUGGAAGAGGAAGUGGACUUGACGAAGGGAAUGUCCAUUGGUAACGACUGUGAUUGGCCACAGAAAACAAAGAAGAAAGACUCCAAACAAGCCAACUGGCAGAAGGAACAGCAGGACAUGCGUCAGUUCGAGAGCAUCAAUGGCAUGACAGUUCCAUUUGCGGAAGGCGAUGAUGACGGGACCAUAAAGGCAGGUGUCAAGAGAAAUGACCCUAACAAUGACCAUAGCCACGAAGAGGAUGAUUCCUCUGAAGAUGUGGGCUUUGGUGAUGAUUAUGAUAGCGAGAGCUGCAGUCGCGACAGUGUCCUCUCAGCAGAGGCCCGAGAGAAUGAAAUCCGGAGGGGUGUCAUGAUUGGGAUUAUUCAAGGAAAAAUUAUGGACUUCUUUUCGGCUAUCUUUCGAUUCAUUAUUGACACCAUCCUCACUUUGUACAAAUGGAUCUAUGACAAGAUCAUCAAGAGAUGCUCAUCAUCCUCAUCUGAGGAAGAGGCCGCCACAGAUUUGGCAGCAGAUCUGGCGCAGGAUACCAUGGAUGCGGGAGACAUCCAAGCUGCCAGCAACCAGUUUUCUAGCGGAGCGUUCCAAGGUGGGGCAACCACUACCGGUCAGACGGCUGCCACUACCGGUCAGAUGGCCACCAUGGCAGCCCAAAGUGCAGCCACAGCUACUGCUUCGGCAACAACUACUGCGGCAGCCACAGCCGCAGCUGCUGCAUCUGCUGCAUCUUCCACCAUUGCCUCCUCAUUGGCUGGGGCUGUUUCAUCAGUAGGAUUGGCAACCCAAGUCGGCGUGGCUGUGGGAGUGGCAACUGUUGCUGUGUCCACAGGGAUUGGUGUCGGUGUUAGUCAGAAAUCAGAAGGCCCCACAUCAUCGCCCUCUUACACCAUAACUGAUGAUCCAUUUGUUCCACCUGUCUGUACCCUAGAUGCAGAUAUGAAACAAGGCUAUGUUGAGCUGCAGAUCCAGUCAUUUCCCAAAGAAGCCUUGCCCCAGUACCAGGUGGAGAUGGAAAGAAUGUUCCGGACUAUCUACAACAACAUCUCUGGUCAGUGUCUAGAUCCUCUGCAACGAGUAGUCCACAAUGCCUCGCUAGAACGCUGGGAGGAGACGGAUGUUGAUCCUCAAACAACAAUUACAACAUUGUAUUGGCAGGCCACUGUUGCUUGUGGCGGUUGCCCUGACUGGGAGCCUCUGUUUGAUUCAUCCAUACUUCUUUCUUUGGAAAUGGAGAGCAGAGAGGUUGCAAGGGACAACAUGUCAAAUGCUACAGCAAACACAACGAUAACGACCACUGGUAGCAAUGUGACAACUGUGAUGCCAUCUAAUGAAAACAACACCACAUCACCACAAUCACUACCUGUUACCAGAAGCCUGAAUCCCCGAGAACGACACCUACAACAAGUCCCUACUUUGAAUGAGUUCUUUGCCAUAUUUGCAACCACCUUCGGCUUUAACUUGGGACCGUUGCUGGAAGAAGCCAGUGAUGGAGCAAUCAUCAUUGAGGCUAACAACAAGGGGAUGCCAAAAGUGGUGUUUGCCACUACGAAAGCAGCCCCUGGCUUUGAAGGCAGCAAUGGCACUAUUUCGAUAGGAGAAGAGGCUUUGGAACAGUUUGUAGACUAUGUACAGAACAACAAUGGAAAUGUUCAAACCCCGUUCAUUUCAGAUGACCUCUCCGCAUUGGUUGAUUGUAUCGAUAUUGGAGAUUCAGGGAAUGAAGCUAGGGGCACAAGCACAGAUUGUGAUCGGGUUCACACAUUGCUGGAGGACAAGAACAGAAAUGUUGAGCCCGAGAUUGUGGCAGCUUGUAUCGCAGACCCAACUAGUACCACUCAAUGUCAAGAAUUGCUCAUGGAGAUCCUAGAUGUCUCAUCAUCAGGGGAUCACGGUGCCGCCAGUCCACUGUCGGCAUCAGUUUCAGAAAUUACAGAGAACCAGGACGAACCUACAAUGUCUCCUGGCAUGCUAGUGCCUAUUCAAGAAGCCAUUCCAGUGACCACCAGCCAUUCACCUCAGCCUGCAUCCAAUGUCAUCGUUGACGGACCUGCUCCAUUGCCACCAACUAUUGCACUCAGGCCUACCCAUGACCUAGCUGGUGGGAAUGCUCCGUGGUCAAUUCCUGCUGUUGCACCAACCCCAAAGGGUGCUGACAGCACAGAACUGUCAUCCGCUGACAUGGCCACCGAUGCCCCCUUUCAGUCCACCUCCAUCCCAGCCACCCCCACUGCUCCUGGUUACAGCCCCCUACCUCCCCCAGCAUCAGAGGAGUCCAUGCCUGAAUCUUUAAUGGUUUUGAAAGAACCAUCGCAAACCGCACAACCCAGUACAAACCCAUUGGUAGCAUCCAUCAAUACUGGGCCCACAAUUAGUCCAACAGAAGGACCAAUUGUCAGCUCAAAAGAAGAAAGUGCCAAUUCACCCAGCUCACUUCCAGUCUCUUCUUCAGUGCCUUCUGUGUCAGCAGGCACUUUUGCAUCUACACGACCAAUGCAUUACACCACAGCCUCACCUACCAUUUCUGAACAUCCUUCUGCAGAUGCCUGGCUGUCACAGGAAACUGGUGUAGGCCUACUCAAAUUUACAAACAGCAAAGCCCAGCAGAUGACGCCAUGGGUUGUAGGGCAGCUGGACACACCAGCUCCAACAGGCGUUGCAUCCUUGUCUGAAGAAACUGAAAUUGAACUGAAUAAGUUUCAGCAAAGGAGAGCGAUGCAAUGGCAGAACCUAGAACUGAAAACCAAGUCACAGCUCCACCUCUACCAGGUUCAGAAGUGGUGUCUACUACGUCAAAAGUAA